CAUGCUUUAGAAAGAAUACAAAGUGGAAAAUAGUAUAAUUUUCUAAAAUUUUCAAAGCUAGUUUGACUUAAUUCAUUUUCCUUGUUUUCAUUUAAAGCAUUAGCAUUAGAAUCCCGGUAUUAUAUAAACAACCCCAGAAGGGUUAAGCCUCUACACACACCAUUCUCUCUCUCUCUCUCUCUCCCUCUAUCUCUCUAGCUAGUUUUUGUGUACACUAAGCAUCUCAGUUUAAGCUUAUUAAAGAUUGAUUUAAGUAAUACACAGAAAUGACAGAUGUGUUGAGUGAAGAACAGACUUUAGAGUUUCAAGAAGCUUUUUGCUUAUUUGACAAAGAUGGAGAUGGUUGCAUUACAAUCGAAGAGCUUGCGACGGUAAUCCGAUCAAUGGAUCAAAAUCCAACAGAUGAAGAGCUGCAAGAAAUGAUGAGAGAAGUAGAUGUUAACGGGAAUGGAACCAUUGAAUUCGUAGAGUUCUUAAAUAUCAUGGCAAGAAAAAUGAAGGAAGCUGAUGCUGAGGAUGAGCUGAAAGAAGCCUUCAAAGUAUUUGAUAAAGACCAAAAUGGUUAUAUUUCUGCUAAUGAGCUAAGGCAUGUCAUGAUCAAUCUUGGAGAAAAACUAACGGAUGAAGAACUGGAACAAAUGAUUAAGGAAGCUGAUUUGGAUGGUGAUGGUCAAGUCAAUUAUGAUGAAUUUGCAAGAAUGAUGAUAGCCGUUUGAUUAAACAUUUGGUCAAACUAUAUAUUAAUGUCUGAUUAAAGAAAAUUAUUAUAUCACCAUAUUUUUGUUUGAACAUUUCUUAUUUUUGUAUGAAUUUUCUUCUUAGCUUCUUUCUAUUUGAUAUUUAGUGAGCUGGUAUCAUUGACUUAUCAUAGUUGUUGGUUACUCAAAAUCACUUUACCUAUUUUUGAAACUUUAUUUCAAUACAAAGGACCAAUAUUUAUUUCAA